AUGAAUACUAACAUUCUACUCAUCUUCCUUUGCAUUUUCUUCUCUUCCACAUUUUCCGACGACGUCUCAACGACUUCAGACAACCCAUCAACGUCUUCUGAUUCCCCCACGGCAUCCACCGUCUCUCCAUGUGGAGCUCCCAAUCAAACACAAGAAAUCGUGGAAUUAUCAUUUAAUCCAAAUGAAAUAUUCUAUUUCAAUGCUCCAUUUGACAUACAAUUCAUGGAUUAUUUCCGGAUAAAUCAUGCUUUCUCUCAACGUGUCGCUUAUCGGAUUCAAUUAGAAAUGUCAAAGAAGUCGAGGAUUUUGGUUCCCAAGAAAAAUGGAAUACUGGAAAAGGAGGAGACGAAGAGGAAGGUGGUAAUCGGGUUUUCUGGUUUUAAGUUCGAUGAAAAAAAAUUUCGGAAUGAUUCUAUCACAAUUGAGUGGGUGAAUGUUCCAGAAGAUGCACUUCCCGGAGUGAAUGAGGAAUGUUUCAAAAUAUGGUUCGCAGAAGAUGUAACACCGAAAAAUCAUACGCUGGAGAUCAUAUAUAAUCCUUGA